UUCUCAGAUACUUUAAGAAUUCUAACAUGUGACAUACCUCAAAAUAAACGAAAGAGAGCUGAGUAUUUUAACAGAACCAGCACUUCAGUAGAAACCAUUGAAGGUUUUCAAUGUUCGCCCUACCCUGAAGUUGAUCAGUUUGUUCUUUCAUUGGUGAAUAGAAAUGACAUUAAAGGAGGAAUUAGGCGUUGGAACUACUUUUUCCCAGAAGAAUUACUGGUUUAUGAUAUUUGCAAAUACCGUUGGUGUGACAACAUUGGCAGAGCCCACAGGAGUAACAAUAUCAUGAUUGUGGUUGAUCUGAAAAAUGAAGUUUGGUAUCAAAAAUGUCAUGACCCUGUAUGUAAAGCAGAAAACUUCAAAUCUGACUGUUUUCCACUCCCUGCUGAGGUAACUCUCCUGUUUCUUCUCAAAGAAGAAGAAGAGUUUACUGCAGAUGAAGCAGAUGAAAUUAGCAAGAUUGAAACCAAGAAUCCUCAUAAACCACCAACUAGGAAGUUGUUACCAUGUGCAUCUUCUGACACUGACUGGGAUAAUGGCAGUGAUGAUGCUUCUUUUCUAGAAGCUACUGAAGAUGUUGAGUUAGCUGAAGCUGCAGAGAAUAGUCUUCUCAGUUACAACAGUGUAGUGGAUGAAAUUCCUGAUGAACUCAUUAUAGAAGCUACAAGAGAGGUUAACUAAGGACAAUGCUUAUAACCAGGCUGUAAUUUUCCUGAAGUUUGUGAGAUUUGACAACAUAAAUAUUCAGUUAGGGCUGGGGGUAUAGCUCAGUGGUAGAGCACUUGCUUAGAAUGUACAGUGGUAUGGGUUCAAUCACCAGCACUGAAA